AUGGGAAUCGUGAAUGUUGUCUUCUACGGCAAGGGAUUUGACAGGUAUGAAUACAAUAAGAAAUUUGUCCUACUCAAAUGGUUAUGGUUCAUCUGGCAGGUAGCUAAAGCCAAGGAUUUGGCUAUUUCAGCUACCGCUGCCUGUGAGCUUGAAGAGAUGAUCCGUUCGCUGCUCUUGAAGGAGCCGUCCACAGGUGUCAAUUAUAGCCAGGUGAUGGAUGAUGGCUAUGAAUUCCACAGUGUUCUCCUGAAUAGCUACAUUUCUGAUAGAGAACAUGUUGACAACUACAAUUACAACUUUACCCGGAAGCCGCCCGUCCUCAGUCCUCCCCGCAGGAGUUCCCGGAAGCCGCCCGCCCUCAGUCCUCCCCGCAGGAGUUCCCGGAAGCCGCCGUCCUCAGUCCUCCCCGCAGGAGUUCCCGGAAGCCGCCGUCCUCAGUCCUCCCCGCAGGAGUUCCCGGAAGCCGCCGAGGCCGUCAUGUCUUUUCCCCAGGAGUCCCCGGCAGCUGUGAUGCGGCCGGGCAGUUCCGAGGCCGCGGCGGUGGCCCUGCAGCCCGGCAUCCCGAGCGUGCGGCGCCUCACCAUUGGGGACUUCGAGAUCGGGCGUCCCCUGGGCAAGGGCAAGUUCGGCAGUGUGUACCUGGCUCGGCUCAAGGAAAGCCGUUUCAUCGUGGCCCUGAAGGUCCUCUUCAAGUCGCAGAUCGAAAAGGAGGGCCUGGAGCACCAGCUGCGCAGGGAGAUCGAGAUCCAGACCCACCUCCAGCACCCCAACGUCCUACGUCUGUACAACUAUUUCCAUGAUUCUCGGCGGAUAUACCUGGUCCUGGAGUAUGCUCCGCGGGGUGAGCUCUACAAAGAGCUGCAGAAAUGCCACACGUUGGACGAGCAGCGCACAGCCACGAUAAUGGAGGAGUUAGCUGAUGCCCUGACCUACUGCCAUGACAGGAAGGUGAUUCACAGGGAUAUUAAACCAGAGAAUCUGCUGCUGGGGUUCAGGGGUGAGAUUAAGAUUGCAGACUUUGGCUGGUCUGUGCACACCGUCUCUUUGAGGAGGAAGACGAUGUGCGGCACUCUGGACUACCUGCCCCCGGAAAUGAUUGAGGGGCGAACGUAUGACGAGAAAGUGGAUCUGUGGUGCAUUGGCGUGCUCUGCUAUGAGCUGCUGGUGGGAAACCCACCCUUCGAGAGUGCCUCUCACAGUGAGACCUACAACCGCAUCCUCAAGGUGGACGUGAAGUUCCCUCCAGCCAUGCCUCUGGGGGCACGGGACUUGGUCUCCAGGCUUCUCAGAUACCAGCCUUCGGAGCGGCUGCCCCUGUCCCAGAUCCUGAGGCACCCCUGGAUCCAGGCCCACUCCCGGAGGGUUCUGCCUCCUUCUGCCAGCUGACUUUGUGAACUCUCUCUGCCUUUGCUUUU